AUGGCUGCCUGUUUAAAUAUUCUCAAUACUUUGCGCACUUGUUUGGCCAGGAUACAACGCCAGUUGAGGUAUUCUUGGUCCAUCUAUUCCAAGCCUACCCCAGGCAACAUUAAAGAGCUUUUCAUCCUGUUCCUAUUCUGUUUGAGUAUUGCUAGUGCUGCUGGUGGUCUUUUAUAUUAUUGGAUGUCUCACUCACUCCAUUACAAAGAUGAUCUAUCUGGUGUAGUUGGAGGCAGCCUUACCGCCAUUGUUGCACUGCUUCUGUUUCUGGUGCAUCCUGCCCGGUGUGCUUUCACUUUGCUUAUACCAACACUGGGCACCAAACAGGGUCGGAAAUUGCUUGUAUCUGGAAUAUAUUUACUCAUCGCAGCGAAUGUUAUUCCAAACAUUGUCCAAAAUAUCAAGAUGUUACUAGAACUUUGUCAGUGUAUUAUGAGGAGUGCAACAGAGAACAUUUUAAAUUCUACUCAAGUAGUAUCGCACCUAACAACUGCUUUGAAAGUUGGCAACAUAGAUAAGAUUUUAUCACUUUUAAGCUUAGACUUAAACUAUGAGCCAGAUAUAGACUACAAGCAUAUUGAAAAUACUUUGACAAAAGUCAAUCAAGACAUAAACAGUGAUUUUCAUAAAAUACAACUAUGGAUGGAUCGGGCCACGAUGUUGGUUAACAGAGCUCUUGCUGGCUUCCUCUUCUUUAAUCUGAUUGCAGCAUCGCUUUGGUACUUGUCUCGUUACCUGACCGAUCUAGAAUUUGACAACAACUACCUCACCAGGAACUUGGAGAAACUGGCGAAGAGCAACCCCAGUGAUUGUGACAAGUUCCUAGCUGCUGCUGGAAAGUUAACAAAAACAACAGGACUGAAGCUGUCUCAAAACGAAAAGAAAAAGUGUCUGAUACGCAUGACAGUGGUCACUAUUAACCUAGUACUGACUGCAGCAGUAAUAGCAGCAGAUUAUGGCAUCUUCCACCUCGUUAGCAGCCUCACAAUGUGGACAGAGAAUGUUCCGUGUUUAUCUGUGUUCAUUGAUUUCAAGUUUCUGGUAAACUUCAGGACUAUACUUACAGGGAAUCGAACUAUAGUAAAUAUUAAUCAUGAAGUACCCUGGAAGUACAACCUGGUCCCUACUGACUGUGUAAAGAAGCCAGUUCCUCCAGAUAUGCAAGUAAUAUUUUUCAUCAGUGGCAUGUAUGUUUUUAUUUACUUUAUGGCAGCAUUGGAUGCUUAUGUAGUUCGCAUAUGUAGGAAAAUUGCAGCCUCAUUUUUUCAGAAGCAUGAGAAAGAAAGAAUUUAUUAUUUGUAUCAGACAAUUUUGAAGGAAUACAAAAAAGAUGGCGAUGCAGUAUGUUUAAACUCCGCUGAACCAUUCGUGGGAGGUGCCAGAGAGAAAUAUUGGGCUGAACAUGGAGACGGAGGCUUUCCACAGCAUUUGCAGGGAAAUAGAGGAUCACCUCAGCCAGGGAUGGAACCUGAAACUCUCGAAAUGGCCAGUCACACAACAAUGAAUGCGGCCUUUUGGAAUUUGGAAGACAAUGAUGAGGAAGAGACGAACCUUAACAAUUAA